GUUUGUUUCGUAACUACGGUUCGUGUGCAUCACGCUAUUAUGAACGCAACGGAACGUUAGCAGCAAACUGGUAUAAUCGUGUGUGCAAGAAAGAGAACUGAGUGACUUAUAGAUACUGUAUCUGCUUCUAAUAUAAGUUUUCGCUUCGUAUUUGCCCAUAUUUACAUUAUCUUAUCCAAACACUAAUCAAUCACGAGUUGUCAUGUUUUCCGUAGUGUCCAUUACUUUCAUAAAUGGAGCUUCCAAGGACGUUCAUAUAGUUCUAUGAAUUGCAUUUUGUUAGUGCUGCCGACAGAGUGUAGUAUACAAUUUUCGCUGGAAGUCUAAUCAUUCCAGCAACUGAAUCAAGCAAAUUAUGGCCUCAGUGCGACAGAGGAAGCAUACUGGAGAUCAUGGACUACCAAGCCACUCAAAUAAGCCAAAGAAGAACCCUUCACAGAAUAGAGGCUCAAUGAAAAUUCAACACUGCUUUUUUAUACUAACAGCUUUUGUUGUAGUUUCAACUAUUGUGAUAGGUUCGUACUUCGAUGUGCUACCAUGGAGUCCAUAUACCCAUGCAACAAAUGUCUUGGAUAAAGUGGCAUUUAUCUUGGGGUUGCAGAAGCAUUCAUAUGCUGUUAUAAUAGAUGCUGGUAGUACGGCUUCUCGUGUGCUUGCUUUUACAUUCCAUGAAUCUGUUUUCGACAAAAACUUGAAAUUGGACCACGAGCUAUUUGUGCAAGUAAAACCAGGACUUUCUUCUUUUGCUGACAACCCACAAAAGGGAGCAGAGAAGAUAGCAGAACUGCUGGAAAGAGCUAAGGAGGUGAUACCACCAUCAGAGUUGAAGAACACACCACUUGCUAUGAAGGCCACAGCUGGGCUGCGACUUCUGGCUGUCGAGAAGGCUGAAGGCUUGCUGGAAGAAGUUAGGAAGUUAUUCAAAACAUCUCCAUUCCUGACAAAUGAGAACUCUGUGUCCAUUAUGGAUGGAUCAGAUGAAGGCCUCUUCUCAUGGUUCACUGUGAACUUUCUCCUCGAUCGUUUUGGUGGUGAUCAAGAUCAAACCUUGGCAGCCCUCGACUUAGGAGGUGGCUCUACACAAGUUACAUUUAUGCCUACUGAUCAAGCGACACUUGAUGAAACUAAACCAGAAUUUUUACAUCAUAUAUCAGCUUUCCAUCAUAAUGUUACUGUUUAUGCACAGAGUUAUUUAGGUCUUGGUCUGAUGGCAGCUCGGAAGGAAAUUCUGUCUGUUGGAAAUGUACAGGAUUCCACCACACUUAGGAGCAAGUGCAUUAAUCCUAUUAUUAAUACGAAGUGGAGCUAUGGUGGUGUUACUUAUGCAGUCAUGGGACCAGAGAAACCUCAUUAUAAGGAAGUGAAGGCAGACAGAUCUGUGAAAGAGAAAUAUCCCAUAGUGAAGUUUGAGGAGUGUCUGAAGAUUAUUAGUGCUUAUGUGAACAAAAAAGUAGAUAAGCCAAAAGAACUUAAUCAAAAGACAAUUAGUGCCUUCUCAUAUUACUAUGAUAGAGCUACAGAAUAUGGCCUGAUAGAUCCAUUUAAUGGUGGUGGUGUAAGUGUACGAGAUUACCACAUUGCUGCGAAUAAAACAUGUGAAACCCCAAAUGCUGAGCAGCCAUUCAUGUGUUUGGACCUCAGUUUCAUAUCAGUUUUACUUCAGCAAGGCUUUGGACUAUCUCCAGAUAAAGUGCUGCAUCUCUAUAAACAAGUUGAUGGCCAUGAAAUCAGUUGGGCGCUUGGAGCAGCAUUCCAUAUUUUACAGAAUGGACUCUAGGAUUGUUUAAUCUUAAUUGUUAUGUACAUAGUGAUAUUUUUGAUAACACUUUUGUAGUACUGUGUUUCUCUACUGUUUGUGCCUCUGCUAUGCUAGCGUCACAUUUGGAGCAGUAGGUCACAUGUAGCAUUGCUUGAUGUGUUGUUUGAGUGCAUGCUCAUUUAUGGAAGCACCGAGGUGAUAUGAGUGUAUUGCACAGUAGAUUUUUAGUUCCUUUCUUCACAGUUUUGAAUUACUGAUUUUUAAUAUAAAUGGGAUGUGUAUGUAAUGGAAGAAGGUACUGCAUAUAAAAGGACUGAUGAUUGUGGCCAUGAGUAUUGCCCAAUUAUCUUUGUUGGUAUUGUUGGUACAAGGGUUAGAAUGAAUAAUGUAAUUGUGCUUUUAACUUUGUAAGUAGAACUGGAAUGAUUUUAUUAAAAUUAUCCCUUCUGACUAUCAACACUUAUCUCUGAAAAACUUAUGUUUGUUUCUCAUGUGUCUUGGUUCCUCUUUGUACCGUCAAUAGGUAAUUCAACUGUAAAAGAUCAUCAUUGCAAGUACACUUUAACUAGUACUUGGGUUGCAACCCUAACAUUUCAAUAGUGUUAGUUUUCAACAGUUUCACUUUUCUUUAGUCAUAUCAUACAUAAUCCUAUUCCCAUUGCAUCAAAUUUAACUCAUGUCCAUGCAUUACCACAUACUGUGAAAUUAGACUUUAUUCCUUUCGCUGCAACAGUUAACUUCACUCUCUGAGCUAUGAAAACAUAUUCUUGUUAGUUUGCAUAAUAUUGCCAAGCUGCCGAAAGUUUUGUUUUGUACAAAGGUGGUGUUUUCUCAACUUGAAGCAGUUAAAAAAGUGUUUUUUAAUAUAGUAUUGAGUAUUUGAUACAUGUGUUGGUAAUUUUUGUGAUUUUUAUGCAUAUACACAGAUAAUCAUCUAAGCUCGUAAUGAGUUCAGAUUUUUACUUUAAAAUUACAUUCUUUUGAGAAAGCAGCAAAAAGAUAACACCAAACCAGUUGGGAACCUACACACACACACACACACACACAAGAUGUUACUGGUUUUAAUAAAUGAUAUGUUAAUGGUAAUGACAAUAUAGCAUAUACAUUAAGGAUGUUGUAAGUCCUAAUAAGUGAUUUAAAUUGUGUUUUUUAAUUAUGUAUGACAAAAGUAAAAGUAUGAGAAAUUGUUAAAAGUUCACACUACUUUAACCUUUAUCUUACUAGCGUUCCCAGCCUGGGAAUGUAAGUUUUGUAGUCAGUCCUACGAACAUUCCCGGAGGGGACCUCAAAACUUGCAACAUUGUAAGAAGACUUGGCUAUGUCUUUUGGCCUAUUUUAGGGGCUGCAAAUAUUGAAUCACUUUCUCUAGGGUUUUUACAAGGUCAGCAUGAGAUGUCAACCCGGAAAAUAUAACCAUAAACAGAAUUAAACAUUGUUAUUGUCAAGUGGGUUUCAGCUUCGUUUUCAGGCCCCUAAUCAAAGCUCACAUUCCUCAGCAUGAUGGGUGAGAAUGUGUAUCCACUGAAGUACGGGAGACAAAUUUUUCUGUGUGGUCAUUAGUUCACAACCAUGUCGAAUGAGCUUCAAAAGAACAAAGUAAAGUUAGUAAGGCCUAUUUAGUCAAUUAAGAUAUUAACUGCAUUUUUAAAGAACACUAUGUAUUCUCUGUUCUAUUCGAAUAAAUAUGGCUUUUAUUUUGUCAAUUUAUCAUGUUUACUUUAGAUAAUAUUAAAGUUUUCUGUAGAGCGUGCACAAAAUUUUAAAAACCUGCAAAGAAACUCCAUAGGGCUGCUAUCACUAUGCCAUUUAAAUCCCCGUUGUUUAAAGGUUAAUAAAUGUUAGUGUUGCAACCCAGAUAGUAACCAAAUUGUAUGCUUUAAAUGAAGUUACAUUUAACUGAUGGUAGAACAAAGAGGGAUUGAAAUGUGAGAAGGAAUUUUUUUUUUUUUCAGAUAAUUUUUUAUAAACUAAUAUGCUACAGUGGGAGGUGGGUCACGCUUAAUUCUGAGCUUGGUGACAUGCGUGAUGGCAGUGUCUGGCAGUAGCACUGUAUUUGCUGGUGCAUUCAAAUGGAGUGCAUGCAAACUAGAAGACUGCGCAAAUGAAUUGUUAAUUAAGUUUUUAUGGCACAAGCUGAGUAUAUGCUUCAAACUUGCUGCUGAUACUUCAUAUUUCUCUAACAACUGUAGCGCAUAAUUUAGUACACAAUUUUUUUGUAUGCAUUCUGUGAGCACUUCUUGAUUCAUGUCAUAACAUAUUUAAUUUGUAUGUAUAUACUUAUUUAAUAUAUGGUAUAUAUAUUAUUGCUAAAGUGUUUUAUCACCUCAUCAGUGUCUGGUCCACACACUGCAUUAGAAUGCACCAGAGAAUGUAGUGCCACUGCUAUCAUGUGUGAGGUGUUUACAUAUGAAAUUUGAACAGUUUUUAUAUACACAUAUGUAUUAGUAUUGCCAUUCUCCUAAGGUAUUGCUGGGGUAGUAUUUUGAAAUAUAUUAUUGAUAAUGCCUGCUCAACUCUCUCAAGUCAUUUGUUUACGUCAGUGCUACAUAUAUGCAGACAUCUUGCUAUUCUCAUUCCAUCAUCUCAAGAUUUGUUUUUCUUAUGUAUAUAACAAAAUAAUGGUGCAUCAAUUGAGAAACACUGAACUUGGCAUAACUGUGGGAAAAGUACUUGGUGUGUGUGUGACUGUUAAUGGGCUAGUAAUGGUUGCAGUGGAAGUCUUGGCCAUGAAGUGCUGGAAGUAUUUUUCUUGGGUUUCAGUUCUGAAUAGCAGUCAAGUCAUGAAGUCAAGUUCAUAGUCAAAUGAAUUUUCAAUUAACUAAUAGAGUUGCUAUCAUUUCCUUUGAAUUGUUAUGUCACCCACAUGCCAAACUGUUUAUUAAUUACGAUAAAAGGUAAACUUUCUGAAGGGUGAGGAGACCAUUAGAAGGUUACUUCAGUCUCUAUUUAACUGCAUACAUGUCAAUGUUGGCUUCUGAUCACCAUAGCAAGACUGAUGCAUAUUCUUGGAAAUUUUCCUUCACCUAUUAAUUUAAAAAUGUAAGAAUACAUAUUGUUUCAGAAGCUGAGAUUAGUGCUUUCCAGCAGAUCUAACUGAUUAGGUUGUAUGGUUUUACCUAAUGACGAAAGCAGAACCAGGUUCUGACGUGUUUUUUUAAAUGAAAAGAUGAAGUAUUCAAGAAUAUGCAUCAGUUAAUGACAUACCUUCAUCAGAAACCUUUAGAUAAGAUGGUAAUAGUUCUUUACUAAUUUUUAGAAAGUUAAUUUCCAGUAGCUCUGGGCAUUCCUUGUGUAUUAUGAAAGCUUCAUCAGAUAGAUACAUGGUUUCCUUGUGGAAGGUGUGACCACAUGAUUAAUUUAAAAGUAGCAUUAGCACUGUAAACUUGGUGAAGAUUCAAGAAUAAUGUAAAACAGAAUGUAUUUGACUAUAGAAAUUGUAAAUCUAAAUUUGUCAGUGACUGUCGAUUUAGUAUUGGUAACAAUGUUCCUCAGAAUGAAAAAAAAAAAAACAGGAUAUGAGACAUCUGGGUUGGGUCUGAUAUAUCUAUAUUUUACCUUGAUACUGUUAGGUAAUUAAUUAAAAAAAAGGAUGGGAUAUACACAGAGAAUUUGGGUUGAAAAACCACAACGGAUGAUACCAUGUGGAAUAAAUACCUUAUGUAUCGACGUGAGGACAAUAUAUAUCCCAAUCAAGGCAAAUGAUUUUACUGAGAUGCAACUAUUCAUUCGACAGUUUUUUUGUAAGCAGAGACUUCAGCACCUUAGUGUCAUAGGCUGUAUAACCUCUGGCCCUUAUUGGGAUAUAAUAUUGAUAUCAGAAAAGUAUAUUAUGAAAAUGUAAAUUAAUUUUAACUAGCUUGGGAUGAAGGUAAUUGGUGGACUUUUUUGAGCAUAAUGAUGAUGAAUGUUCAGUUUGUAUAACAGAGAAUUAUAUGACCAGUUGAAUAACUAUUGACUCAUGUUCUGAGGUCAAGUAAUGGACAAAUUCCUAGGUAGGAUUUGAGGUUCUCAUGGCGGUGAGUACAAAGAUGGGUUGUAACAUCUGUAGUGACUCAUCACCCUGAUGAUGGAGGUAGCAAGGACCUCAGAAGUGUUGAUAAACUUCUACCAGACUACACGGUGCUACAACCCAGAAAAGAGCCAUCUCUGACCAAUUCCUAGUCACAGAACUCAGAUCUGAAUACAACAAGGGCAUAUAGAAUAAAAAGAGAAUCAAAAUAUGGGAUUUGAAGGGAAAUAGAGAAAAAUGACAGAAUUUGUGUCACAUUUAAAAUCUCUGCAGAUGGCUAUUCUCUGAGUUUUAUCAUUGAAGGAUCUGGAACUAAAAUACCAGUCAGUCUGAUAUUUUGAUAGGUGCCUUUUUGCUUUCACAGUUAUCCAUUUAUUUAUUUAUACAAAUUGUUGAUGUCAUGUAAGUCACUAACUUCAUUUUAUAUGGUUUUGAGAAAAGUGAGCUUUAAAAUUCUUCUGUCACCUGCAUCAAAACAGCAUUUAAUUAAAUGUCAAAUUCUUUCUGUAGCUAAACAUGAAGAUAUCAGUGACUUCUUUGACAAUUGCUUCCUAACAAGUUCAGUUUUAUGCACUACUUAAAUGGAGUUAUAAAGAUGUUAGGUAAUGACUUUCUGCAUGAUACUGACAAAUUAUGUUUUGUGAUGAAUAUAAAAUUUGAAAAUUCCUUCUCUGUUAUGAAUGAAACAUCUCUGCCAAAUAAGAAAGCACACUAUGCAUUACAAACAAUUAUUUUAUAAAUUGAGAUUUGAAGGCAAGAGGUAUAUUUAUAUUUACAGACAUACUUCAAAUGUUUAAAUUUUUGCAAUCAAGUGAAUUGUGGUAAACAUGCAACCAUCAAAUUUUGUCUUCAUUAAGAUUGAAAGCGUCAGUGGCAUGUUAAUGAUUGUGCAUGAACACAUGAUACAUUUGUUGCAAGAAUUUACAUAAGUUACUCACCCUAUUUAUGUAACUUCCUUUCAAUAUGGAUGCUACUUUGUAAACUAGUCUUCCACUGCAACGCUGGUUGCUGUCUUGUAUGUGAUGUUUCUUUAUGAAGUGCCUUAUGAAGAUUGAAGGUAUGAGAUUUGAAUUGGAAAUUUACAUGCUGUGAAUUGUUAUAAAACUUUCAUAUAUUUAUUGUAAAUUUUGCUUUUAAGUAUAGUCUUUUGUCACGUACAUGAUUAUUACUUUUCUUAGCAAUAUCUGUUGUGAUUGAAAUGAAAGUGGUGUGAACACCUGGUGCUAAUGGUGUGGUUGUUUUUUAAAGAUCAGUCUCCAUUAGUAUUAUACAUAUUUGUGCUAAUAUAAGAUAAUACUCUUGAGGUAA